CCACUAUAUCCGUAUCUUAAAUUACAUAAUGCCACAAAGGGUCAAUUGUUUCUUCUAAAAGCUGUCCCAACUUCCCUUCUGGCAAUGAGACAAUAGUUUUCUGGAUCGUUGGCUUGCCUUGCGUAGCAAAAUUCUUCGUACACAAAAAUGACGUAACAGCACGUAGCAGUCACACAUUCACGCAUGCGUCAUAAUUAUUUUGGUUUCCAAUGGAGGAACUGAGGCAAUGAAGUCUUGAAAGCAAAUGAAAGAUCUAAGGAUUGUUAACUUUAAAUUCAAAUACUUCUAGAGAUGAUUCACUUGUAAAUAUGCAGGCGAUAACCUUAACUGGCAACAACACAAUGGCGCUGUCAACGUCAGGACGCAUUUUGACGAGCACUUCUCCGAUUCCGGGCCUAAAUAAAGCGGCUUCAAGUGGUACAAGCAACAGUGACUCAGACUUUUAUAAGGGACUUGGGCUUGCGCUCAGUUCUUGUUUGUUCAUUGGAACUAGCUUCAUCGUCAAGAAGAAAGGGCUGCUCAGAGUGGCAAGUGGCUCAGGAAGUAGAGCAGGUCAAGGUGGAUUUGCAUAUCUGAAGGAAUGGAUGUGGUGGACUGGAAUGAUAACAAUGAUUGUUGGUGAGGCAGCCAAUUUCUCUGCAUAUGCAUUUGCCCCAGCCAUUUUGGUAACUCCAUUAGGAGCUCUUAGUGUUUUAGUAAGUGCAAUACUGGCAUCGUAUCUGCUCGAUGAAAAGCUGAAUUUAUAUGGAAAGAUUGGCUGUUUUUUAUGCAUACUUGGAUCAACAAUUCUAAUUAUUCAUGCUCCUCAAGAGGAGAAUGUAUCCACCAUGGAGGAGCUUUCUGUAAAGCUAAGAGAUCCUGGUUUCAUCUCAUAUACAGUUCUUGCAAUUGGUGCUGCAAUGUUCCUUAUCAUAAAGAUUUCGCCAAAAUACGGGAGAGAAAACAUCAUGGUGUACAUAGCAAUAUGUUCCCUGAUUGGUUCCUUAACAGUCAUGGCAUGCAAGGGGCUUGGCAUUGUUCUGAAGCGAACUUUUGCUGGCUACAGUGAGCUGGCCAAUCCAGUUUCGUGGAUGCUUCUCAUAUCCUGCGUUGCCUGUGUUCUUACCCAGAUGGUUUAUCUCAACAAGGCCUUAGAUAUUUUCAACACCUCUAUUGUGACACCAAUUUACUACGUUAUGUUUACAACAUGUACAAUUUCUGCGUCAGCAAUACUUUUCAAAGAGUGGGAAAACCUUGGUUCAAGAGAUGUUCUUGGCGCGCUCUGUGGUUUUCUAACAAUAAUUGUUGGUGUAUUUUUGUUACAUGCCUUCAGGGAAUUCAGGUUUUCUCUGAGAGAACUUUUUUCAAUAGCAAGUAGCAACAGUAAUGGUGUACGUAGAAUGGAAGGGGAACAGAAAGUGUUGAUGUCAGAGCUGCAGGACAAUGAAAGUGAUGAAGAAAUAGAGUUCAUAUCUACAAAUAAUCUUAACAGUAAUCACAUUAAUAAUGACAGAAUAAGUCACACAUUUUGAAGUAUUUCUAGUAGAGUUAAUCCAACCGGAUUUUAGGUAUCGAUUUCUAACGAUGCGUUAUUUAAUUCUGAAAGAUGUGUGUUUACACAGUAGUUAAACUAACUUUUUUGUUAACUAUGAUAUUGUCGAUGGGAUCUUCAGAUCUUUAAAGCUAUGAUAAUCUUCAAAGCUAUGAUAAUCUUUAAACUCUUUCAAUCAAUGCCUUUCAAGGAGUUUGUAUAUGACAACAUUUUAACCUUCACAUCUUACCAGAAAAUAUUCAGCAAAUACAAUAGUGGUUAUCUGCCUCAAAGUUUUAGAAAGUCAUACAAUUUACUUUGUGGCAUAAACUUUGUAUCCUCGAGAACCUUCGUAAAUUUGUACUAUGUUUUAUAAGAUUUAGCAACCGUCUGUUAAUCCGACUAAAAAGCUCUUUACAACUUGCUGUAAAUAGUAAUUUUCAUUGCUCUUAGCAGGAAAAUUUGUAAUUA